AUGGAAGCAGCACUGGCUACAGCGGUUGCUACAGCAGGCAUCAAAAUCCUUGUCGAAAAGCUGAUGGACGUUUUGAAGAAAGAGUACUCAAGGUUGUUUCGAAGUCUCAAGGGAGAUCUCGAAAAUCUGCAGAAGACUUUGAGGAUGAUUGAAGCCUACUUGAGUGACGCUGAUAACAAGGCCAUCACCCAACAGCUUGUCAAGAUCUGGUUGAGUGAUCUUGAGGGUUUGGCUUUCGAUGCUGAUAAUGUCUUGGAUGAGCUCAACUAUCAUCUUCUCCGCAAAAAAAUCAAGAAAUCGAAGAUAUACGAGGUACCAGUCUCACCCAUUUAUCGCAUUUUACGAAAGCAUAAAAUGGCUCGUACCAUCAAAAAAAUCAAUGCGAAUUUUGAGUUUAUGACCAAAAGGGCAGCAGAUCUUGGCAUUCAUAACAUGGUUGCUAAUGCAACUGUUGCUGCUCCUGUUUCCUUUGAGACUGAUUCGUUCAGUCAAGAUCCAAUCUUUAUUGGAAGAGAUGAUGAUGUAACUAAACUAGUUAGCAUGCUCACACAGACCCAUCCAGAGGUAGAUAAACGGAAGUUCUCCAUUGUUGCUCUUGUGGGAAUGGGGGGUAUGGGGAAAACUACGUUGACUAGGGAAGUUUCUGAUCGUGAAAGCGUAAAGGAUCGAUUCGGAUCACCUAUUUGGGUUCAUGUUUCUCAAAUCUUUGAUCCCAUCAUUCUCUUCAAAAAAAUCCUUUCAGCAUUGCCUUCACAUGGUGGUGGUGAUGAAGGUCAUACUAAGGAAGCUACCCUAAGAAAGCUUCAAGAAGCUCUCCGGGAUAAAACAUAUCUUCUUGUUCUUGACUAUGUCUGGAAUGAAGAUGUUCCGAUGUGGGAUGACUUUAUGAACUCCAUGUCAGGAGUUACUUCCACAAUGGGAAAUGGCAUUAUCAUCACUACCAGAAGUCACAAGUUUGAGAUUAUUGGAAAAGAGAUUGCAAAAGCAUGUCGAGGUUUGCCCUUAGCUGCCAAUGUAAUUGGUGGUGUGCUUCGACGAUAUAAGUCCGAAGAAGAGUGGCGCUCAAUCAGUGAAAAUUGUCUUUCAGAUGCUGAAGGUGCUGAAAGUAUCCAAAAGAUACUAAAAUUGAGCUUUGAUUAUUUGCCUUCACCAUCUCUCAAGAAGUGUUUUGCGUACUGUUCAAUUUUCCCUAAAGGUCGCUGGUUUAUGAAGCAGCAAGUAAUUGAGCAGUGGAUGGCAGAAGGUUUUCUUCAACCAUAUGAAAGAAAUGAGAUGGAAGAUGUGGGAAAUAAGUUUUUCAAUGUUCUUCUACACAACUCUUUGCUUCAAGAUUCAUGGCAAAAUGAGGAUAGAAAUGUGGAAGCUUAUUGGAUGCACGAUCUUGUGCAUGAUCUUGCAUCUUCUGUUUUAUCUUAUAAUAAUGCAAAUUGCAGCACCCUAGUUCGAUACAAGUAUGUCAAACAAGAAUCAAGUCAUAUUUCAAAAGAAGUGGCCAAGCAUUUGCGUACAUUAAUCUUGAAAGGUGGAACUUCUGGUAUUAAUUUCUCAGGCUUCCAGUGUCUUCAUAAUCUAACUAUUGGUAAAAGUUAUAAAGAGCAUUAA